AUGGAAACCAUGAAUGCCACAAUGCUGAAGGGCUCCAAUGAGUCUGAGUGGUGCACCAGGGACACAAGGGUAGCACAUCUGGUGUUUCCAGCUGUCUACACUGCCCUUUUCCUCAUGGGCAUCUUGCUGAAUGUUCUGGCUCUCUGGGUGUUCAUUCACAUCCCCAGCUCCUCUACCUUCAUUGUGUACCUUAAGAACACUUUGGUGGCUGACUUGAUAAUGACACUCAUGCUUCCAUUUAAGAUCCUCUCUGAUGCACACCUUGGACCCUGGCAGAUCAGAGCUUUCGUGUGUCGUUUCUCUGCCAUCAUUUUUUACCAGACCAUGUAUGUGGGAAUCAUACUGCUAGGACUCAUCGCCUUUGACAGGUUCCUCAAGAUCUUCAGACCAUUUGGAAAAUUUUUUGUACAAAAACCUGUCUUUGCAAAAAUGGUCUCAAGCUUCAUCUGGUUCCUUUUGUUCUUCAUCUCCCUGCCAAAUAUUAUCUUAAGCAACAAUGAAGCUACACCAUCAUCUGUGAAAAAGUGUUCUUCUUUGAAGGGCCCCCUGGGGCUGAAGUGGCAUCAAGUGGUAAAUUACAUAUCCCAGUUUAUUUUCUGGACUGUUUUCAUCCUAAUGCUUUUGUUUUAUGUGGUGAUUGCAAAAAAAGUAUAUAAUUCUUAUCAAAAAUCCAAAAGUAAGCACAGAAGAAACAACAAAAACCUGGAAGGUAAAGUUUUUGUUGUUGUUGCUGUCUUCUUUGUAUGUUUUGCGCCAUAUCAUUUUGUCAGAAUUCCUUACACUCAGAGUCAAACCAACACUAAAACUGACUGUAGAUUGCAAAAUCAACUGUAUGUAGCUAAAGAAACAACUCUCUUUAUGGCAACAACUAACAUUUGUAUGGACCCCUUAAUAUAUAUAUUCUUAUGUAAGAAGUUCACAGAGAGGUUACCGUGUAUUAAAGGGAAAAAGGUAACAGCAUCAAGCCAACAAAAUCAUAGUAAUCAGACAGACAAUCUGACUCUAAGCUGA